AAACAGCCACAGAUGUCUUACCAGCCAAAGCUGGUAAAACGCACUCGUAGCCACUGAGGUCACCUGGGCCUCUAGCAACAAAGAUGGAUCUAGGGGCACCCCCAGACUACGGACCUGCUCUGUCAGAGGGAGUAGGACCCCAUCCAAAGCAGGCAACUGACCAAUUAUCUGAACUCGGGAGCCACCAACCCACAGCACCUCCGUCUUGCUAGGAUUCAGACUCAGUUUGUUGGCCCUCAACCAGCCCACCGCAGAUUUCAGGCAGCGGUCCAAGGCUUGCACAGCCUCUCCCAUUUCAGAUGUUACAGACUAGAGCUGAGUAUUGUCAGCGUACUGCUUACACCUUGCCCCAAAUCUCCUGAUGAUCAGUCCCAAGAGCUUCAUUUAGAUGUUAAACAGCAUGGGGGGCAAGAUGGUACCCGGCAGCACCCCACAGCACAACUGCCAGGGGGCCAAAAUACAAUCGCCCAACGCUAUUCUUUGAGAACAAUCCUGGAGAUAGGAUCAGCACCACUGUAAAACAGUGCCUCCAAUACCCAUCUCACCCAGUUGGCCCAGAAGGAUGGUCAAUGGUAUCAAAAGCCUCUGAGAGAUCAAGUAAGAAUAACAGGGAUUCAGUCCCUUAACCAGGCCUGAACCCAGACUGGAAUGGGUCAAGAUAAUCUGUUUCAUCCAAGAGUAGUUGCAAUUGCUGCACUACAACCCUCUCAAUCACCUUUUCUAAGAAGAGGGUAUUUGCAACCGGGCAGUAGUUGUUGCAAACCACUGGGUCCAGGGUGGGCUUCUUCAGGAACAGUCAAAUCACCGCCUCUUUCAGGGCAGCUGGAACCACUCCCUCCCACAACCAUGAGUUGACCACACCCUGGAUCCACUCAGUCAAACCCCCUCACCAAGCUUUAAUAAGCCAAGAGGACAAGGGUCAAAAGGACACGUUGCUGGCCACAUCAUUGCAAGCACCUUGUCCAUGUCAUCCGGCUGCAUCAACUGAAACCAUUCCCAAGACAUUGCAGCAGACGUUGCACUGGACACCUCCCUGGAGACUGCAGUAGAUAUGGAUGAGGCACCAAGAUUGCUACAGAGCAAGAAGGCUCCCUGUGUGCCCAGCAUUGUUUGAAUAACUUACUGCAAGGAGAAUAUUUCAGUCCUGUAGAACUGUCCUCUAUUGCACAGCAGCUGGAUGAAGAAGAGAGAAUAAGGAUGGCAGAAGGAGGAGUUUCUAGUGAAGAGUAUAGAACAUUUUUACAGCAGCCUUCUGUAAACAUGGAUGACAGCGGCUUUUUCUCUAUUCAGGUUAUAAGCAAUGCCUUGAAAGUUUGGGGUUUAGAACUAAUCCUCUUCAACAGCCCAGAGUAUCAGAGGCUCGGGAUCGACCCUAUAAAUGAAAGAUCUUUUAUUUGUAACUAUAAAGAACAUUGGUUUACAGUUCGAAAAUUAGGAAAACAGUGGUUCAACUUGAAUUCUCUCUUGACGGGUCCAGAACUAAUAUCUGAUACUUAUCUUGCACUUUUCCUGGCCCAGUUACAACAGGAAGGCUAUUCAAUUUUUGUGGUAAAGGGUGACCUUCCAGAUUGUGAAGCUGAUCAGUUACUGCAAAUGAUUCGGGUACAGCAGAUGCAGCGACCAAAAUUGAUUGGGGAAGAGACACUGCAAUCAAGAGAUCAGAGGGUGCAAAAAACAGAGCCCGAACAAACUGUAGAUGUUAACCACCCCUUCGAUGGUACAGGCAUGUUAGAUGAAGAUGAAGAAAAUUUCCAAAAAGCACUUGCUCUCAGCAGACAGGAAAUUGAUAUGGAGGAUGAAGAAGCAGAUCUCCGUAGGGCCAUUCAACUUAGUAUGCAAGGAGGCCUUAGAAGUGGUUUCUCAGAUUCUUGCACACAAAAUGUUCCACAUUCAUCUGCAACAAGCCACUCUGAAUCUCUUACAUCAGAAGAGCUGCGACAAAGAAGACAGGCCUAUUUUGAAAAACAGCAACAGUUGCAUCAGCAAGUUCAGAACCCAGAAUUCCACGAAGCACCAGUUACAAGUUCAAAUGCACUGGUCACUGAUCCAGGAGGUGAUAUGAGUGAAGAAGACAUGCUUCAAGCAGCCAUGAAUAUGUCCUUGGAAACUGUUAGAAACAGCUUGAAUGCUGAAGAAAAGAAAUGACAAAAAAAUCCUAGUUUUGUUUUAUCUAAACACUAAGUCCUGUAUUAAUCCUUUUCAGGUGGUAUAAAGGUAGGGUUCAUUUCACUGAUGUACCAAAGCAGGAUAGAGCCCUAAAACCUAUGGGGCUGAGGGUCAGAAUUAAAAGACAAUCUGCAUAUAAUAAAAAUAAAAAAAUUUCACCUUAAAGGUUUUAGCUUUGCCCAUGCCACUAGUUCUAAUCAAGAAGGUAGAUUUGCUGCACAUAAACUAAAGGGUAUUACUAUGCCAUAACAUCUCGUCCAGCAUUUUCCUUCCCCAUGUUCAGGGUGAGGUAAUGAUAAAUGCAAUAGUUGUAUGGGUUAGCUGCCCCACUCACUUGUGAUGGCAUGCUCUUGUGGGUUUUUAACAGCAAAAUCGACUAUACAUACCUAGUUACAUAGCAGUCCAGUGUUGAGGCCCUUCUGUUGCGAUUGCGCUAGCCCACAAUGUGUGACAUCUGCAACUUCAUCGGCUCACAUAUAUGCUUAAAGACAUUCCAAAAAUCUCUUCUGUAUUCUGGAUAGCUUAUAUAAUUCUAUAAUUUGCCUUUCACUUUUGAAAGAUGUUUCAGUCACAGUGUAAAUAAUGGAAAGUUGGCUAGUAUUCUCAGUCCUUCCACAUUAAAUAUUUGAAUAGAUGAAAUUAAUCAAAAUUCUUUUAACAGUAUAUGUAAGGACACAAAAUGGUCUGGUUCCAGAACUUAAAGAACCACAUUUUGAUUGUCUUAAAGACUGCAAGAGAUAUACAAACCAACAAGCCCAUCUUGAAACUUACUUUCGCAACCAUAAAGGUUUUUCUUCUUCUGUUUGGAGGAGAAGGAAAAGUUUUUCUUUGUUACACUCUUUCUACAUAGUUUUGGGCAGUUCUAGCAUUGAUGUGCUGUUCUAGCACAAGCACUUAGCAAUCACCUGAAUAUUGGUUGAAAUGCUAAAAUCACAAGUGGUGGGGAAUAUUUGAUAAAACAGUUCCCUUCACGUGUAUUCUGUUGCAAUGGAAUUUUCUGAUCCUUCACUUUAUCCUUUCUCUUCAUUCCUGUUUCUACAAGUGUUAGGCUGGAUAAGCAUAAGAAACUGCUUUAUGUUGAGUCAAACCACUGGUCCGUUUAGUCCAGUAUUGUCUACUCUGCCUGGCAAUGGUUUUUCAAGGUCUCAGACAGGGACCUUUCCAUCCCUGCUACCGAGUUUCUUUUAGCUGAGAUUUUAAUUAGGAUUAAACCUGGGACUUUCUGCAUGCAAAGCAUGUACUCUACCAUAAAGCUAUAGCCCUCCCAGAAUUCAAGGCUGAUUUAGGAGUAAAGAAGAUGAGGUAACAUUUUGAUACCACAACUUCAGUGCCACAUUGUUAAUGUGCAUACCUGCUAUCUGAAAUGAACCCUGCAUGUUACCUAUGUGUUAAGAAUGGAUAUUCAUAAAUGAAUGCGUGUGGGUGUAUAUUCUAUCAGCAGUUAACAAAUGUCCUCUACUUGUAAGAAUUCUUCAGCUUUUCAUGAAUGGCCUUCGUUCAUGCACCUUACAGGUUUUUUCUAUCCUUGUUUCUGUUACUGAGGAAAACUGGGGAGCAAACUUUCUGAACUAAUUUUUCUUGUGUUAGUUGAAGUAUAGAAGAUGAUGACCACAUUUGGCAUUCUAUAUUACAAAAACUAACUUUUCUCUUUUUGUAAAUGGUGCUUUAAGCAUACAUUAUGUUUACAUAUACAGUACAUCUUAUGGCGAUGAUCUUAGAUGUUUACAGUGUUCACACUGUAUUCUGUGCUUACACCAUAGGCAUUUGCCAGAUAUACCGAGGAAAAUCUUGCAAAAUGUAAUGCUACUCUGUUUUGAUAGUGUUUCAAAAUUAUUAUUAUAUUGUACCAUACUGAUAUGUCAUCAUUAGCUACUGAAUGAUAAAUAACUGGAGUGUAUUCAGUUAAGUCCUACUCAGAGUAGGCCCAUCGAAAUUAAUGGCCUAAGUUAGUCUUGUCUAUUAACUUCAGUGGGUCUACUCUGAGUAGGACUAGCAUGGCAUACCACUCUAUGCAAACAUGGUACGAUAAAAUAAUAUCGCACAAAAAAGAACACUUGGAUUUUGAUAGCAUUUGUUUACAAUAAAGUUAUUUAAAUGCUUGGUUAGUUAUAGGAGCAAAAUCCCACUUACCUUACUUGCUUCCUAUUUUGUUGAUCUCUUUAAAACCGUUGCAUAAGUAUGGGCAAUGGGAUUUGCUCUGAGAAUAAGCACUGCUUUUAAAAAUGCAUCUAGCUUUACUAUUCCAUAAACUUAAGGCAACACUGUUUGGCUCUACAUGAUUUACUUGAUUUAUUAAGAGCAGGAAAUUAGCUUGCCAAACUUGAUGCACAGUCAUUGUUUUUAAAAUGUUUGCAUCAUUAGUUACAUAAAGCUGUCUGCAUUGGGGUUUUUUUGUUUGUUUUGCUUUUAAGCUAUUACUUGAAAAUAAAUAUGCUAAGGGAUUCAUAUAAAACAUGAAAUGAAAUCAUGGAGGUCUAUAAAAACCAUAAUUCUCUUUUUUUCUGUGUACUUUUCCAAUAAAUGGUGUUCUUUGGGGCCAGCUGAAUUGGGAUGAAUUUAGGGCCACUUUUUUCAAGAUAGGUUUACCUGAAUGCAAUGUCCAAGAACAUACAUGGACCACAUAAAUUAUGAAGUGUGCAAAGGUUUCAAAAAGUUUACCUUUCCAUUUAGAAUACACCAAAUGGGAAAAGAUGGAGGCCUGCUGUUGUAUACAUUAUAAAGUAAAGCUGUGGUUAAAACUACAUACACCUUACAAAAUUGAAGAAGUGCAUGUAUUUUUGUAGCCUUUAUAGUUAUUUUGAAAUGCAAGAUUUCUAUAUAUGGAAACAGAUUUGCAAAAUCUAGCUUUAAAAUGCUUUUGAAAGUUAUAAAACUGCAGUCCAUGACCGUGGUUGUCACUGCUCUGUUAUCAUAACCCUCAAGUUAUCUAACCAAGGGUUGUGUUAAUGGGAAGCAUUGAGGGGCUGUUUAUCUUCAGUUUUUAGAAUCUUACAUGAAUAUUUUUCCAUGAGUUUGUACUGUAGUUGUGGCAAUGGGGCAUUCUUCAAACGCAGCAAUGACUAUGAAAUGAACAGAAGAUAAAUCCAGUGCUUCUGAUGCUUUAGGUGGUUUUAUCACUGACAUUGGAUAACAGACUUCGUCCAUAAAGCCUGUUUGGCGUUAAAACUGUCUGAAGCAUAGGAAGCAUUGACUGUAUCUUCUGUUCAUUUCAUAGUCUUAGUGCCACAUUUGAAGAAUGUAGGAUCCAGUUCUGGCAGGAGGAUAAAACAUAUUUCUUGAAAAGCCUCUAAUGUUAAAAUUCUAUUUAUAGGUUACUUGUCUCCUUCACAUUCUAUCCAGGUCCUGCAGUAAUAUAGAACCUUGACCAAAACCUUUUGCUCCAGCCAUCUUCUCUCUCAAUCAAAUUGAGUGUUCAGUGGAGGUGUGCCAUAAACACAUUACCUUUCAGAUCAAAUUGUGUCAGCAGUGUGUGUGGGGGGGAGGGGUGCAACUUUUGUAACUAAGGAAAACCUUGAGGAAAGUUAAGCUUGCUCUCAGAUCAAUGACACUGCAUUUAUGUAUGGCUCCUAGACAACCCUGCUGACUGUUAUUCUUAAAUGAGACAAUUGAUGGUCCUGCUUGGAAGAACCCUAUGUGUGGAUGCUGACCUCAGGGCUAGGGGAAAAAAUCUUAUGUUAGCGUAAGAUUACUGCAUAGAAUGCUGGAGUGAAAUGAACUAUAUUUGACUAUAAAUCAGUUAAGAAGAUCCCAUCAGACUGUCUUGUUUUACCAGGAUGGGAAAGAAAAAAAAUACACACAGGGAAAACAGGCUCUUUUGUGAUUAAACCCAAUGUUCAGAAUGUGUAUACCUGUCUAGAAGCCAGCAAUAAAUGCUAAUACCAGUAUCUAGAUAUGCAUGUCUUUUCAUACCAGAACUUACAUCUGUAAAUUUUGAAUUUGUUUUGUAAAUAAAGUUUAACUAUUUUAAAUCCUGUUGCUAUAACAGUAGACAUCUUUUUCCAAACCUCAAAUGUUUGGUCCUGCUAUCUUUGUGAUACUGGCUAUAUAAGAGCAAAGAAUGAAAGAACACAUUGGCAUUUCUUUAAGGUUUGAUUACUAAGAGGAAUUUGACUUUCAUUUCUAGAAAUGUGAAAA